AUAAAGUUUAGGCAAAACAUAUAAUGGGAGUCUCAAUGACUACGAGACUCGUCUUGACCCUAAGCGUCGUCGUUUUGCUUAUCGCCUCGUCCGAGGCUAUCUUCCCUUUGCCCUUUCUCCCUUUGCUCCCAUGGUUUCGUUUCCCCGGGAGAGGCAAUCCCAUAGAAACGAACCCGGGAAAAACGCCAACGCCAACGCCAACAACGCCAAUGCCAACGCCAACAACAACGCCACCUGUGGGCGAAAAACGCUCCAAAAGCGGCGACGUUGUGGCCCAGACAAACUGGCCAGGGAAAUGGGAGCUAUUCGUGAAGAACUCGGGCGUUUCCGCCAUGCACGCAAUUCUGAUGCCGGUGAUAAAUAAGGUUCAGAUAUACGACGCCACCAUAUGGAGAGUGUCGGGGAUGAAACUGCCACCUGGCAUGCAGUGCCACGUCAUCGAUGCGAAGACGAAGAAAGAAGAUUGCUGGGCCCACUCUGUUCUCCUCGACGUAGAGACCGGUGCUAUGAAGCCUCUUCUGCUAAACACGGACACGUGGUGCUCAUCGGGAGGACUAUCGGUCAACGGGACAUUGGUGAGCACUGGAGGGUUCGGAGGAGGAGCCAACACAGCAAGGUAUCUACGUGACUGUGAAAACUGCCCAUGGGUCGAAUACCCUAAGGCCCUUGCUUCCAGGAGAUGGUACUCCACCCAAGCCGCUCUCCCUGAUGGCUCCUUCAUCGUGGUCGGGGGCCGAGACGCUCAAAAUUACGAGUACAUCCCUCCCGAAGGAGUUAUCAACACAAAGCUCUAUGACUCGGCUUUACUCAGGGAAACAACCGACAAGGAAGAGAACAAUCUCUACCCUUUUGUUUGGCUCAACACUGACGGUAAUCUUUUCAUUUUCGCGAAUGAUCGGUCCAUUCUCCUCAGCCCGAAAACGAAUCAAGUCAUCAAGGAAUUCCCUCGACUCCCGGGAGGUGCCCGUAACUACCCUGGAGCCGCGAGUUCAGCCCUGCUCCCGAUCCGUCUCUACCUUGUCAACCCGAAAAUCAUCCCUGCUGAGGUUCUCAUAUGUGGAGGGGCCAAGAAGGAUGCUUACUACAAAGCAGGCAAGAAAAUCUUCGAGCCUGCGUUGCAAGAUUGUGCAAGAAUGAACAUCAACAGCCAAAAUCCAGUGUGGAAAACUGAGAUGAUGCCUACUCCUCGUGUAAUGGGUGAUUCAGUUAUCCUCCCAACGGGCGAUAUCCUCUUUGUCAAUGGAGCUAAAAGUGGUUGCUCGGGUUGGGAAUAUGGUAAAGAUCCGAUCUUGAAACCCCUCUUGUACAUGCCUCGCCUCCGUAGAGGCCAACGUUUCAAGGAGCUUGCUCCGUCCACUAUCCCGCGUAUGUAUCAUUCUACUGCUAUUGCUCUUCCCGAUGGUAAAGUUCUAGUCGGUGGAAGCAAUACAAACAACGGAUACAAGUACGAUGCUGAGUACCCUACUGAACUCAGGAUCGAGAAAUUCUCUCCGCCUUACCUUGACCCAGCUCUCGCCAACCAGAGGCCGAGGAUCGUGGCCAAUGGAAGUCCGAAACAGGUCAGAUUUGGACAGAAAUUCAGCGUGAGGAUCCAACUGAACCAAACUAAGUUCCACAAAAACGAGGUGAGGUUGACGAUGCUGGCACCGUCUUUUACGACACAUAGUAUCUCAAUGAACAUGAGGAUGGUCUUGUUGGGGGUUUCAAGUGUCGCCCACAAUGUCUCCCCCAAUGUUCAUGAGAUUCAAACCUUGGCUCCUCCGAGCGGAAACAUUGCUCCUCCUGGUUAUUAUCUUCUAUUCGCCGUUUACAAAGGUGUUCCCAGUGUCGGAGAAUGGAUUCAGGUUGUCUAGACGAUGAUAACUAACUAUGAGCUGGUUCAUGCUUUAUGUGACAUCUUAUAUAAGAUGAGUACGCACCUGUGCACUAGACUUGGAUGUGUUUCCAAGAUGUGAACAGAUUCUUUGAUUUGUGUUCGGAAAUGUUUCUUUAUUCUAUCUAUUUUUUCAGUAAGAUGACGAAAAAAAAAAGA